CUCACUCAGUCUGAACGUUACUCAGGUCCCACUCAGGGGGACACACUCACUCACACUGUAGGGGGGACUGGUAUUUACUAAUGUGAGGCUCCUCCUGCCCAUUCCCAUUCACUUCCCAAACAGGCCCUGGUUACCGGGGUAGUAAAUCCCAUAGCAACCACAGCUCAAGCUUCUUUACCUCUUCCUGUGGCCAUUCACUGCCCCCGCCGGGCGCUCAGGAGUUAAAGGAAGGGUCUAGUCCCGCCCCGGCUUUUGAUUGACUGAGCUGCUCCGUUAGCCCCUCCCCUUGCUCUGAUUGGCCGAUGCGAAUGUCCGUCUCUCUCCCCAGACUGGUGGGCGCUGCUCCUCGGUGUCUCCUGUUUCGCUGAGUCUCCCGGUCGGACCGAUGUCGGCGUAUAAGAGGGCCACGCUGGACGAGGAGGACUUGCUGGAUUCCCUGGGGGAAGGAGACGUCUAUCCCAACGGCCUCCAGGUGAACCUGCGAGGAGUUGGGCGACGGAGCGGCUGCUGGAGCGAGAGGACUCACGUGGAGAAGAGACUGCUGGUGCUGCUGGUGCUGAUGUCUCUUGGGCUCUUCAUGAGUCUGUUGGCCCUGUCUCUCCAGUACAGAAAACAGUAG